CCGACAAUGAGCCCGCGUGUGACCCCCUAUGCCAGUUUGGCGGUAGGCUCUACUUCACAACCUUUCCUGACCCGGCUCCCGCGCAAAACGUGUUAAAUUCCGAGUGUACCAACACGCGUGUCUUACCCGUCCGUGGCCAGUCGAACACAUUCAACCAACGUCCAACGAAUGAGAGCGCAUACUUUUAUUUCUUCACAAUCGACGAUCAGCUGCGCUACCUUUCGUUCUUCAAGGACUGGGGACCACUAAACAUUUCGAAGGUGUAUAAGGCGUGUAUCCUGAUACAUGAGCUGUUGGAGGAUGAGGAACUCAAGAAGCACAAUCUCGUGUUAUACACAUCAGACUGCCCAAUGAAUAAGGCCAACUCUGCGCUGAUAAUGGCUCUUUAUGUUAUGAUCGUGCAGAAAAAAGCACCUUGGGAGGCGUUCCAACCUCUAGCCGAACUGGAGUUCCGACCUUUUCGCGACGCAGGGCGAGGUUUCUCGGACUUCAACCUUAGCAUCCAGGACUGUCUAUGGGGAAUGUGGAAGGCGAUGCAGAAUGGGCUGUGUGAUAUGAACGAGUUUGACGUGGAAGACUACGAGUUCUACGAGAAGGUCGAAAAUGGUGAUUGGAACUGGAUAACGCCUGGAUUUAUAGCGUUCGCAAGCCCCGUGGAACAUGGCUAUGUGAACAAUUCGUGUCGUUCACCCGAGGGUCCGUGUAGGUUGUCCGCGGCCACUAAAAAGUGUCUUGAUUACUUUGAUGCGCGGGGCGUCAAACUUGUCGUGCGGUUGAACAACAAGCUUUACGAUAAGCAACAUUUCCUGGAUCGUGGUAUCCGACACGAGGAGCUUUACUUCGAUGAUGGGACUAAUCCCACUGAUGAGAUCGUACGAAAGUUCAUUAACCUUUCGGAUGAAGUGGUUGAAUCUGGUGGAGCCGUCGCGGUACAUUGUAAAGCUGGAUUAGGGCGAACAGGUACUCUAAUCGGAGCUUAUCUGAUAUGGAAAUACGGCUUCACUGCAAACGAGGCAAUCGCAUUCAUGCGUAUUAUCCGACCAGGCAGCGUAGUAGGUCCACAGCAACAAUACAUGUACGUCAAGCAGAUGGAAUGGAUAAAAUGGUCUGCUGUGGACGAGAUGCGCCGCGCGGAGGCCCAAGCUGCUGCUGCCAUUGCGGCUGCGGCUGUUGUCACGCCUGCAACGCCUCCAGCGGAGACGGAUGAGGAAGUGGAAAUGAAGGAAACUGAGAGUGUGGCCGUUGCUGUUGUUGCGAUGCCCUCAACCCCGAAGAUGACCGUUCCACCUGUAACACCGAGUAAACAUGUUACUGCUGCCACUGCGAGGACGCGCGCUAUCGAGCCUCCAGGCCAACCUCGGAAAACACCGCUACAGAAGCGCACUGCCGAAGCUGCAGCUGUCGACGAGAGCGAAGAGUCGGAGGAGGAUGAGAUCAAUGCGCUACCUUCUAUCACAAGUACUCGUACUCGCGCGAAAACACAGUCGACUUUACCGUCGCGAACAAUAGCGCGGCGCAUACAGCCAGCCUCAGAACAACGUCCGGCACGGGUAACACGUUCUUCUGCCGCAGCAGCCGCAAACGGGAUCCGAAGACCUGCUACCACUGCAUCGACUGCUAACGUACCGUCCUCCCCAACAAAAGGGACUGGGAACGGUCCGAGUCCGAAUAAGAUUCCGCGUUUGGCACAGGUGAGAGCGAGUCCACCACCUACCACGCGGAGCACGACAUCGAUGGGUAUGCGAACACGAUUGCAAGCGCCUGCAGCAUCUCGCCUUCCGACACUUGCAGCCAAUGGGCGAAAGGCAAACGCCGCUUCUGGGACUGCAGUGAAUGGAAAGGUGGAGAAAGGCAAGACUGGAGCUGGGAAAGGAGAUGCUGGGAAAGAUGCGAAUCAACAAUCAGAUGCGUGGAUGAAGACGAACUCGAGUGCGGUUGUUAAGCCUGGUACGAAGUCGGAGAGACCGGGGUUGAGAAGUGUGAGGAGACGAAGGAGCAGCUUUAGUGCUGCUGAUGUCGUUGCUUGAUUAUUUUCUUCUUUUCUCAUGGUUUCUAUUUCAUUUGUCUCUUUUUCUUUCUUGUGUAAAGCGUUUCCCGUUGCUUGGAUUACCAACAGCAAUCCCCAUAGAAUACCUGGAGCAUCAAGUAUCAAACAUCAUCAUCAUCUCAACCUUUCUUCUCUUGCUUUCUCUUGACUUUCUCGGUCCUCACGUCAGUGCGUUGUUCAUGUGCAUACCUUUAACGUUUUUAUUUAUCUCUCGUCCUCCACGUCUCUUGCUAGUCGUCUUGCUUUCGACCUGACCUUUUUUCUCUUUCUCUUCUUUAUUCCUCUUACGAUUGCAGCAUACACACAAAUGUCCCAUCAUCUCCCUUCCACUCACGCGAUCAAGUUAAAGUUCACCUGUCUUGUCCAUCUC